AUGACUCACCCGAAACCUCAUCCCUCACGUGGACACCUUGCAAAGGGCAAGGCACCAGCUGAGAAGUACAGAUUUUCGGAUACACGCCAUUUCGCGACGUACCAAUUUUGUUUUCUUUCAAUGGCUUUAAUUUCUAGGGCCACAGAACAGAAGAAGAACCAAGAGAAGGAAACUAAGGAAACUAUGGUUGCAUAUGAAGGAGUUGACUUGAAGAGGUCUAAAUUUUCUUGUCAUAGAAGGUGCGCUAGGUAA